AAGCUUUACAGAUCGCUGUACACAUACGUGUGUAUGCUAAAACGAAAGUUGGUUUUUGCCGUUCAGCUUUUCCAAUAUUCAUAAAGGACACGUAGUUUAAAAAUGGCUUCAGUACAAGAUGUGUUUAAUGAGUCAAACACGACAGACACGAAACCUGUUAAGGAACGAAACAUUGAAGCAUUGAUUAACAUUGCUAAAUUAUGCCACAGGCCAGAUCGCACCUAUCCAGAAGUUGUGUUUCUUCUAGGAACACCUGGGGUAGGAAAGAGCGCAAUGGUUAACACCAUUGUGAAAGCCCUCUGUGGGAAGUAUUAUUCAAAGGCGGUGACGGGAAAAGGACAUGCGUCAACCAAAACGCUUACUCUCCAAAGCUUUGUACAGUGUGGAAUAAAGGAGUACGAAAUGGAGCCGAUGGAAAAAGAUAUACUUAAAAAAGGCCUGAGUAAACUGCCAACUAUUAUAGACGCUGCAGGGAAAGGAGAUGUAGAUUCGGAAGAUUUAAAGGAGAUUCUAAGGGUCUCCUUUGGAGGUUUUGUCUCCCCUGGAACCUCGAUUCAAUUUCUGGAAGACUUGCAGACAAAACACGGUAUUGGCUCAUUGGAAGACCUUUUGGAAUGUUCUGACGAAAAUAAAGUCACCAAAGUAGUUUUUGUGAUUAGUUGCAAGCAAUCCUUUCCAGAAAAGCUGGUGGAAUGCCUUCACUCUGUUUUGCAAGAGUAUGAUGAUCGGAGUGGGAAACUAAAAUAUCCCGUUGAUGUCUUCAUCGUGAUCACAAAGUACGAUUUGGUCAAAGACCAAAGCCUUUACGAAGCAUACAGUAAAGAGGACGAAUGUAUUACCGAAGAAUGCUUCGAGGAAUUUGAAACAAAGGUUGCCAAUCAUUUCAGUAUAGAAGGUGCAAAAGAAAACAAUUGUAUCCGUUGGGUCAGUUACGUGGAUGGGCAUGGCUCCGACAAUCCACAUAUCGACAAUAUUGCGCUCGGGUUUGUUGAAAAGAUGAUGCAGCCAAGACGGGGUCACGACUACGGGAGACCAUCUAAGGAAGCAGCUGCAAACAUGCCUGUGGUUCCUAUGAACAAGAUCCUAAAACUCAAAGCAAAGAAAAAGAUGGCAGAAAUGUCAAGAGAAGUGGAUUGGAAGUGUGGGUUUAUCUGUGCUCUUGUCGUCGUCCUUCUGGCGGUGUUUUAUAAGUUGCUUACAAAAGGGAUAUAGACGAUAACCUUUAUAAUUUGCUCACACAGAAGGGCAAAAGUCCGAUGUAACUUUUAUUGAAUUUAGUACACGUUGAACUUGCAUUAUAUGAAAACACUGAUAAUCUUCAAUACAUCCAUAAUAGGCAAAGACUUAAAAUACCUAUCGUAUGAAUGCGCUUUACAGUGACACCAUGAAUUAUCAUGUUUACGUCAGGACAUUAUUUAAAUUCGUUUUUCAUCAAUAAUUUUAAAUAGAUGUGCCAUACUGUUAAUUUCGUUGUUUUAGUUAUUGAGUUAUAUUAGGGAAACUAUUUUGUACAUAUAGCAUAUUUAUACAACAAUAGAUUUUGUUUUAAUGUGUUUUGACAUACUCCCAUGUGGCAUUAAAAAGUUACUGUACAUAAUAAUUGUUUGUAUUUUAGUUAUUUCAAUGUUUUUAAUAAUAUAAUGUAUACUGCUUUUUUAAGACAAUGGGUUAAGGAAAAUUCUGAAAAGUGUUACUAUAUUUUUGUUAUAGUAAAAUAGUGACUUUCUUUUCCGGAUGUUCACAACUUGGUUUUGGAAUGAUAAAGAGGUUAUUUUAAAACUAAAAUAAAAUGCUUAAUUACUAUUGUUGAUUAAAAUAUAUGUUAAGAAAUCAUUAACCAUUUUGUUUUUAUCGGAUGAAAAAAAAUGUUUGGACAAUACGGUCGCUUGUAUUCCAGCGUUUGUAUUGUAAGAAAAAGCAGCAUGAAUACAUACAUAGUUAAAACAUGUAAAACUUAGGUUUCGAAUCCUAUAAUAGUCUAAUCAUUUGUACUCAUAAUAUAAACUGCUGCAUCCGUUUUUAAGUCUCCUUUGGAUCCAUUUUUGUUUCCUUGUAAUAGGAAUCGCUCUACAUCAGUGGAAGACACAAAGCAUAUUUCUACGACAUAAGAUAAUAAAUUGAACUCACGUUUUGGAAAGCGAGGUACAUUGGUAGUUAAAGAAUUAUGACAGUUUCUAGCCCUAAUUUUAGAACUGCCAUCCACGGCAAUCUCAGACCCAUAUAAGGAACCAGCGACUAGGUGGUGUCAAGGUCGUCCUCCUCGUUUCCAAAACGGAACCGGAAACAAUGACACAAGUCACCAGCCCGGGUAUGACAUAACAGGUGCCUCUGAAAAGCAUGCAUAUUCGCUGUCACGUUACCUCCAAAUAAUUAAAUAUAUGCUUCAAAAACCGUAAACAAUAUUAUUCAAUGACACGUUUGCCAAUAAAUAAAAUAUUGAUAUGUA